AUGCUCAAGCAACUCUCCGUACUCGCUCUUGCGGGAUUCGCGCUUGCUCAGAAUGAGACCGUACCCGACCUUGCAGCGGCGUUGAACUCCACCGAUGAGCUCUCAACCCUUCAGUCGGUCAUUCCUGCGAGCGUACUGGAAUCGUUGGCUGGUCUCACCAAUAUCACUAUUCUAGCCCCUUCCAACUCUGCGUUCGGAAAAAUCGACAACGAGACACUUUCGGGACUUACCUCCAACGAGGGUCUUCUCACUGCUCUUCUACAAUACCACGUCCUUAACGGCACAUUCCCUUCCACCGCCAUCACCAACACCAGUGCUUUCGUCCCUACCGCAUUGACGAACCCUUUGUUCACCAAUGUCACUGGAGGCCAGGUCGUGGAAGCUGUUACCAGCGGUGACAAUGUUGUGUUCUACAGUGGUCUCUUGACCAACUCAACUGUCACGACAGCUGAUGUAAACUUCACUGGUGGUGUGAUCCACAUCAUCGACACUGUCCUGGCUAUUCCCGAGAAUACUGCCGACACACUGUCCGCUGCUGGACUCGCUUCGCUCCGUGGAGCCAUUAACGCGACUAACUUGUUCGAUACUGUCAACAACACCCCGGACAUUACCAUCUUCGCCCCCAACAACGAGGCUCUCCAGAACAUUGGAUCUGCUCUCGGUAACCUCAGCACCGAGGAUAUCACCAGUGUUAUUACCUACCACGUCAUCACUGAGGGCGGUAUCGGCUACUCAUCUACCCUCGAGAAUGGUACUACCCUUACUACUGCCAACGGCGAGGACCUUACCAUCACCAUCGGUGACGGUGGAAUCUUUGUGAACAACGCUCGUGUCGUCGCUUCCGACAUCCUCAUCGCCAAUGGUGUCGUCCACGUCAUCGACGAAGUUCUGAACCCCGCCAAUGCGACCAUCGCUGACCCUACCUCCGACGAGGGAGAGCCUGCGUUUGAGGGUGCCUCAUCUGUUUCUGAUGUCCCAUACACCAGUGGCCAGCCUACUCCUACCGCCACCAUCAACCAGGAGGCUACCGAGGCUGCUGAUCCCACCAACACUGCUGCUACCAGCGCUGGUGAGAACGCUGCCCCCAGGCAAACCGGUGCCAUUGGCAUGGGUGCGCUUUUUGGCGCUGCUGCCGUUUACUUUUUAUAUGAGCCGUCUCGACCAAGAUCCGUCAAUGGAUACACCGAUCGAGCCUCCGUCACAUCCAAAUCAGUACCAGUCCCAAAGGCGGUUAUACGACCAGCAAAUCCUUCACAUAGUGUUGGUUGUUCAUUCCAGAGCACACAUCAAGAUGUAGCAUAUGAUGCUUGGGCUGUGCCGCGCAUAACCAAACCCCCAUGGGAGCUCGAGCGAGCCAAACGGAACUCGAAACAAAGACGCUCAAGGCCUGUAUAUAAAAUCGCGGCGCACGUCUUCAAGAAGCUCCCUAGAGAGGUAUACGACAGCAUCGUUGCGCAACUUGAGCAGAUUUACCAAGACCGCAAUCAAGCUUGUUCAUCAUGCUAUCUGCGAGAUCUUCACAGCCUCUCCUUGACGAGUCGUGCAUGGGAAAAGGCUGCAAUAGCAGCUAUGUACCAUAGAGUCCUAGUGCUUGCCAAUGAAGAGCAUGGUGGGCUCCCGAAGCUCAAGACCAAAGGCACAAGCAGACUGAAAUUACUACGGAGGACACUUCGCGCCAACUUUGAAUUAGCCCGACGUGUACGGGAACUACACAUGUCUGACUUCCAGUCCCUUUAUCAAAACGCAACCAUUGAACGAGAAGAGAUUACGAAUCUGGUAGCUUCCUUGGUCAUGGCCUGCCCACGCUUAGAACGCCUGGUAGGAUUUCACGUCCACUCCUCAGAGACAUUCGAUCGGCUGUCACACGCACUGUCAACAAGGCCAAAUUUCAAGGAGCGAGUGAUGAUGUUGGCGGAUACAGAUAUAGAUGUUGGCGUAGACGAUGAUGACGAGAGACUAGGAGGAACCUAUAUCGCUGAAUGCGACGCAAUCGAACGCUUCCUCGAACUCAGCUCUACCCACUCCGCGUUAUCUACUCUGGUACUGCAUCAAGAGCAGGGCCGGUCUUCGACGAACCUCAAUUUUCGCGCUAUCGUUGGGACUUUCAGAAACUGUCCACGUAUACGUCAUCUUGCGGUAUCCGGACUGGCAGCCCAUUCGUUUACUAACAUGGCUUUGAAUGCUAUUCCUACUAAUCUAGAGUCACUGCGCCUUGAGAACCUCUCUGGUAUAACAGAUAAGGGUCUUCAACGCUUCGCUACUUCUCAGCAAGCAAUCUCCAUUCGAAAGUUGGCAUUCAUAGACAUGGAGAUUGGAAGCAUCCUCACCAUAACAGACAUCUUAUCUCCGCACUUUAUCAGUCUACGAAAAUUCUCACUCGUCCAGACCAGAGCGCCCACCUUACCGUGUCGAAGCCCGGAGCCUAGUUUCCGAUCGCCAUCGCUUCAAUACAUCCACUGGGAGUUAUGUUCCAAAGCUUCUCCACUUCCUCCGUUUGUUUCGCCUUCGUCCGUAGAACUCUCAGAAUCACAACCAUUUCCGUUCACGAACCUCGAACCAAUCGCUUGCCUCGCCACAUCUCUGCUUGCAGCAGGUAUCCAGGUCAACGCCUUCCCAUCGCUGCGUCGUAUUCGCAUACCCCACGACCCCCAAGGUAUCAUCCAAUCGCUCUGUAAACCUCUCGCAACAGCACUUCUUCCGACAGAUACGUCCAAGUUUGCGACCGCGUCACGCAUCUCUACCUCGGACGGAUAUUCCAUCAUGUUAGAGAAGCCUGCCGCGUUGUCACCCAAAGUACACGGCUCCUCUACCCGCAGAGUGACAUCGACAUCACGUGUAGAUUAUGUAGCCGGCUCUCCAAUUUUCGAACUGAGUUCUACAGAAGUCGUCCUCACGCCGAUGCGAUCGCGUCUCGUAGCACAGUCGCGCAUCCUUGCUGCCAGGAAAAAUGCAGCCAUGGUUGUUCGCGUCUUUGACCCUGAGGGUGAGAUCAGAGUGAACAAGGUUAUCGGAGGCCAUAUCGGCCGUGGAGACAGUAAGAUCACUUAUGACUUGAAGGCUGAUAUUGAGAUGGUUGGGCGGAGUGAAUGGAUCAUGGGGAUAGACUUGGUUGGUGGUGCUGGGAACGAGGGCACGGCUCUAUCUGAGCGUAAUCGAGGAAGCUGUGGACAUGUUGCUAAUGGAGAAAUUGGGCGGAAUGCUGCGAGGGUUGAGGAUCUUUUCUAA